AUGCAACCCACUCAGACUGGCUAUCUAUUGUUGAGAAGGGUCCCUAUUUUGACUGUUUUACGUUUUGCCUUAGGUCAACUGAAGAAGAUCAAAUCAAAAUGGCAAACAUAUCGACAACGGGUUCCCCCAAGAAGGCCGCCACUACUUCUGACCACCUGGGGCAUGGCCCUCCAGCUUUUCUGUCAAAUCGCCAUAAUCAUCGCUAUAUGCAGUCUAUGGCACUAUUCAAACAUCAACAAUGGAAUCGCAACCAUCGGGGAUAGCCCAGAUCCUUCUUUUGACUCAAGAGGCUUCCAUGCACCCCCGAUCCUGGGCUCAUCAAUUGUCUGGGCCACCAUCCCGGCUUGGAUCAUGUCGGCGUACUCGUCGCUCUGGUCUGCAAUGCUCGAUGCUCUAAAGAAGGUUCAACCUCUACUAGAAUUGGAAAAAGCAAACCAGGUUCCGUUACCAGGUACUGAGGCUCGUAGAAAGCUGUGGAAAUGGCUCUCACAAAAGCUCUCGCCGUCGACUGCCUCACAAGGUCAACCACUAUCGAAUCCAAGGCCAAGAGGUUCUACAAUCCAAAAGACACUAUUACUGGAUUACGGAGAGUGGCCUGUUCUUAACGGCCUUAGGGCUAUGCGAGUCGGCCAUGUUCUUAUGGGCAUUUGCCUACUCUUGCGUGCAGCACUUUGGACGGCAGGUGGUCUCACUGCCGCCAUAUUCGCUUCAGUUUUAGUACCGUCUGAAGUUGAUACCACACUCUACAGUAACCAGCAGUUUGACGAAUACCUGGGCUGGAGUACAGGAAGAGGAACCACCACCAACGCUUCCCUUACACCAGCUUUUGACAUCGUAAGCGCCACAGUGCUGAGAAAUGGGGAAAACUACCUGUGGACCACAGAAACGCAUUCUUUCUUACCAUUCUUUCCGACUUCUAUAAAUGGUCCAGGAAACUACACCUUUGACACCGAAGCAUACUCAGCAGCUGUCGACUGCAAUGUUGCUACAGAAGAUGAUCUUGUGCGAAUCGGUGGGCUCCGUCUAACCCUUCAAGGUGACGAUGAAAUGAAUUCUGCUCAACUUCAGUUCGGCUUCCGCCACGAGAAUUGUAGCAUAAAUAAGUGGUUCACCAUUACCAACACGACCAAACAGUACGCUAGGACGUGGUCUACCGACUGUAACCUAGACAAUGGCCACGUAAGAUUUGGAAUAUUUUCGGGAACAUACAACGCCUCGGAGAAGUACCAUACUUCGAAUCUGACAGUCAUCACUUGCAAACCUUUGAUCUACAUGUCCAAUGUGACAUUGAGUAUCUCAAUCACAAACAACACUGUCACGCCCAAAAUACUCAAGUUUUCCGAAAGGACCAAAGAACAGUUCUGGCCGUUCUUCGCUACAGCUUGGUUUCGUAAUAUUCCACUGUAUUCUGUCUUUGACCCAACUGUGCUCAAUGAUAUGGAUACCUUCUCACGGCUUGUUAUUGGUUAUGCCUCGGGAGAGCCAACUCUUGACGUGUUACCUGAUAGACAGAAAAUCUUCAAGUCCUUUGGUAUAGUCUUUCAAGCAUUAUUUUCCAAUUUCGUGACUCUACAGGCGUAUUCUGGCGCACCACGACGAGAGAUUUAUGGCACACUGUCACGGCUUCGGCUUCGGCUGUUUGUGGUCAAAUCAGCCGCUGCAGCUAUAAUCGCUAUUGUUGGUACGGCAUUCGGAACAACUGCCAUCUUGGCCCUUUACCUGUACCUGAAUCGACAUAUACUGGUCCAGUACCUGGAUCUCAUGUUAGGUACUGCAAUAUUAUUACGCAAUGAUAGAAGCAAUGGUCUCGAGAGCUAUGUUCAGACGGUUAUAAGCCAGGUUCAAUCAACAAAUCGAGGAGUGGUUGGUACUGACCUUGUCAAGUUUGCGAAGCAUCAACCAGAUCUGAAUAGUUACUUGGUAUGGACAGAAGGAGAACCUAGAAGACUGGAGGUCAAGCGGGCGUAA